CUUCAACGACAAACAUUUAUUUCUCCCUGUCCCGGAGCCUGGGAGUCCAAGAUCGAGGCCCUGGCGUUGAGAAGUUAAUUUUUCUCUACUAGAGCGACUUCACUUCUUUUUUUAUCCUGGAAGGAUACCCAAAGGAGCUGACCCCAAGUUGCCAUGAACUCUGCCACCUCCAGCUGUGAGCACCCCGACCUCUUGCAGAGCGGUGACGACAGGAAGGAGGAUGACCAUCCCAGGAGUCCCAGCAGCAACCAGCUGGCCUAUCACAUCCUGGACAUUCCACCCUGGUAUCUCUGCAUCUUGCUGGGGACCCAGCACUUCCUCACUGCCCUGGGGGGGCUCGUGGCAGUGCCCCUCAUCCUGGCCAAGGGCCUGUGUCUGCAGCAUGACCCCCUCACCCAGGGCUACCUCAUCAGCACCAUGUUCUUCGUCUCCGGCAUCUGCACUCUCCUGCAAGUGUUCUUCGGAGUCAGGCUGCCCAUUCUCCAGGGAGGGACAUUCAGUCUCAUAGCACCCACCCUGGCCAUGCUCUCCCUUCCCGCCUGGAAGUGUCCUGAGUGGACGUUCAAUGCCAGCCAGGUGAACACCAGCUCGCCCGAGUUCACCGAGGAAUGGCAGAGGAGGCUGCGCGAGUUGCAGGGCGUCAUCAUGGUCGCUUCCUGUUUCCAGAUGCUGGUGGGCUUCUCGGGGCUCAUUGGCUAUCUCCUGCGCUUCAUCGGCCCCUUGACCAUUGCUCCCACCAUCUCCCUCCUGGCCCUGCCUCUCUUCAGUUCCGUGGGCGAUGACGCCGGGGCCCACUGGGGGAUCGCCGCCUUAACCAUCUUCCUCAUCCUGCUGUUCUCUCAGUACCUGAAAAAUGUCGCAGUGCCUGUGCCCACUUACGGACGAGGGAAGUGUCACACCUCCAAGUUCUACCUGUUCCAGGUCUUCCCGGUGCUGCUGGCGCUCUGCUUGGCGUGGUUCCUGUGCUUUGUGCUCACGGUGACCGACACCCUCCCCUCGGCCCCCACAGCCUAUGGGUACCUGGCCCGCACUGACACCAGAGUCCAUGUUCUGAACCAAGCCCCUUGGUUUCGCUUCCCUUACCCAGGACAGUGGGGUCGCCCCACCAUCAGCCUGGCUGGGGUCUUUGGGAUCAUUGCUGGGUUGAUCUCCUCGAUGGUGGAAUCAAUAGGCGAUUAUUAUGCCUGUGCCCGGCUGGUGGGGGCCCCACCCCCUCCGAAGCAUGCCAUCAACCGCGGCAUUGGCAUUGAGGGCCUUGGCACUCUGCUGUCAGGGGCCUGGGGGACAGGGAAUGGCACCACCUCCUACAGCGAGAAUAUCGGGGCACUGGGUAUCACCAGGGUCGGGAGCAGGGUAGUGAUUGUCACCUCGGGCUGCGUGCUGCUCCUGAUGGGCCUAUUUGGGAAGAUCGGGGCUGUGUUUGCCACCAUCCCAACCCCCGUGAUCGGAGGCAUGUUCCUCGUCAUGUUCGGGGUCAUCACCGCCGUGGGAAUUUCCAACCUGCAGUACGCGAACAUGAACUCGUCCAGGAACCUCUUUGUCUUUGGCUUCUCCCUGUACUGUGGGCUCGCCAUUCCCAACUGGGUGAACAAGAACCCCGAGAGGCUGCAGACAGGGAUUCACCAGCUGGACCAGGUCACACAGGUGCUGCUGACCACGAGCAUGUUUGUGGGUGGAUUUCUGGGCUUUCUACUGGACAACACGAUCCCUGGAAGUCUGGAGGAGAGAGGCCUCAUGGCAUGGAAUCAAAUCCACGAGGUUGAGGAGACCACGGAGGUCUUGGAGAUCUACGGCCUCCCCUGUGGGAUUGGCACCAAGUCCUGCACCACCUCCUGGACCCAAAGCCUCCCCUUCUGGCCCAGGCUGGAAUGUGGUAGGAAAAGGAAGGGGGAAGUGAGCCAGCUCACACUCUACUCCCAGGAUUCCUCAGGAAAGCACCUGAACAGUGCCACAGAGACCAGGAUGUGA